GUGCGUCCUUCCCUGCCUCUUCUGAAGGCCCUUCUCCUCCUGGGGCUGCACUCCAUCUCCGCCUCCCUCCAGGACCAGCACUGCGAGAGCGUGUCCCUGGCCGGCAACAUCUCUGGACUGCAGUGCAAUGCAUCCGUGGACCUCAUUGGCACCUGCUGGCCCCAGAGCCCUGCAGGGCAGCUGGUGGUUCGACCCUGCCCUGCCUAUUUCUACGGUGUCCGCUACAACACCACAAACAACGGCUACCGGGAGUGCCUGGCCAAUGGCACCUGGGCCGCCCGCGUGAACUACUCGGAAUGCCAGGAGAUCCUUAGCGAGGAGAAGAAGAGCAAGGUACACUACCAUGUUGCCGUCAUCAUCAACUACCUGGGCCACUGCAUCUCCCUGGUAGCCCUCCUGGUGGCCUUUGUCCUCUUUCUGCGGCUCAGGAGCAUCCGGUGCCUGAGAAACAUCAUCCACUGGAACCUCAUCUCGGCCUUCAUCCUGCGGAACGCCACGUGGUUCGUGGUCCAGCUCACCAUGAGCCCGGAAGUCCACCAGAGCAAUGUGGGCUGGUGCAGGUUGGUGACAGCCGCCUACAACUACUUCCACGUGACCAACUUCUUCUGGAUGUUUGGCGAGGGCUGCUACCUGCACACAGCCAUCGUGCUGACAUACUCCACCGACCGGCUGCGCAAGUGGAUGUUUAUCUGCAUCGGCUGGGGUGUGCCUUUCCCCAUCAUCGUGGCCUGGGCCAUUGGGAAGCUGUACUACGACAAUGAGAAGUGCUGGUUUGGCAAAAGGCCUGGGGUGUACACUGACUACAUCUACCAGGGCCCCAUGAUCUUGGUCUUGCUGAUCAAUUUCAUCUUCCUUUUCAACAUCGUCCGCAUCCUCAUGACCAAACUCCGGGCAUCCACCACGUCUGAGACCAUUCAGUACAGGAAGGCUGUGAAGGCCACUCUGGUGCUUCUCCCCCUCCUGGGCAUCACGUACAUGCUGUUCUUCGUGAACCCCGGGGAGGACGAAGUCUCCCGGGUCGUCUUCAUCUACUUCAACUCCUUCCUGGAAUCCUUCCAGGGUUUCUUCGUGUCUGUGUUCUACUGCUUCCUCAACAGCGAGGUCCGCUCUGCCAUCCGGAAGAGGUGGCACCGAUGGCAGGACAAGCACUCGAUCCGCGCCCGCGUGGCCCGCGCCAUGUCCAUCCCCACCUCCCCCACCCGUGUCAGCUUUCACAGCAUCAAACAGUCCACAGCAAUCUGA